UCUAUUAGCAAUUUAAAAAGGCUUGCCGAUCAUAAAAUUCAACAGUAACUAAAGUUUCUUCAGACUGUGAAGAUGUUGACUACAGCAGUGUUCUGUGUAAGUUUUAUCAUAGUUAUCAAUGGAGUUACUGAAUUGGAUGGAGCUAGUAUGGGCAUGGAUUUCAUGAAAGAUCCAAAUUUCCCAGGCAAUCCAGGUUGGAUGAAAAAUUUUAAGGAAAGCCUACCAAUGAACAAACCAGGUUUCCCAGGCAGUCCAGAAUGGAAACGAAGAUUCGAAGAGGAAAUGAAAGGCCCAGACUUUCCCGGCAGUCCAGAAUGGAAAAGGAAAUUCGAUGAGGAAAUGAGGAGACCAGACUUUCCAGGUAGUCCAGAAUGGCAAAGAAAAUUCAAUGAAAGCAUGAAUAAAACAAUGAAUAUACCUCCUCCUAUGGUCCCCUGUUUUCCAAAGUGUUUUCCAUUUCCACAAGAUUGUGAGACAGUGGCAGAUCCAGGCUUCGAAUACCCAAAAGUGAGAGUCUAUGGAAAUCAGGAUGUGAAAAUUGAGCAUCGCUCUUUCAUGUGCAAGGAUCCAGAUUAUGGCACGGAUACUUUCUACAUGCUCCAAACAGUGGUUCUGAAAGGAGAGCAUAGCACUACCAAAACGGCAAAAUUCUACAACAAAAAGGGAGAGAUGAUAGAUUAUUCUCCUAAAGUGAGGCUUGUGCCAGCCAAUGAGGACUGCUCGAAGAGCGAUGAAAACAUUUCAUCAUCUUCAAAGCUUACUUUAUAAUGAUUGCCAAUUCAAAACUAAUAUUGAAAAGACGUUACUGAAAUUAAAUUAGUUUGUACAGUAAUCGAAAUCAAUAUCAUGCUUGAAUAUUUACAAGUUUCAUCUUCUUGUUCUUCUUCUUCCUCGUUCCCUCCUUUCUCACCGUCUCGUUUUUUCUUCUCAUUCCCGUUUCCCCACUUCUUACAACAUCUUCUUCAUUCACCUCUGUUCUCUUUCUCUGCAUUGUAAUUUCAUUCCCUUUAUUUCUCUAUUCCUUUUUUCCUUCAUUUCCCUUUAUCCCAGAGCUGUUUAAUUUCCUCCUAAUCAUCAUCCGAGAUUACUCCAACGAAGAUAUUUUCCAACUUAUCAUUGUGGAUGAUUUUCAAUUGUGACACUACUGCUUCAAUACUUUAGUCUACACUAGAUAGAGAAAAAUAACUAAAUUUCUUGCUUUUUCCAUAAUAUUAUGAAUAUUAAGUUGCUGGUGAAAUGAAUUCUAGUAUUUGUGAAACACCACCGCCUUAGAGUGACUAAUUUUUCAUAAUAUAUCAUAUAAUUUUUAUAUACUAUAUGGAUGGAUAAUUAACGUUUAAGACUCCCGGUAAUUUUUUGCUUAAUAUCAUCCUUUAUUCUGAAUAAGAUUAAUAUAUUUUGAUUCUUACUUACUAUAGAGUAGCCUAUCAAGUAUAUUUUAUUUUAAAUUUUAUUUAGCUUUAUGAUUUGAAGUUUUUGAAUUUUCCUUUUUUUCCAACUUCUAUUAACCCUAUACCCUAUCAAUCAUCCUUAGAUAAUACCUCAUACUCAUUUCUAAAUUCCUAAACUCCCAGUUUCAUGAUUAUUUUUCUAUUCAUGUAUUUUAUUAUUUGUAGGCACCUGCUGUAAAAUCUUUUAGGUUUAAGGGCCGAUUUUGUAAUGAAUUUUACUGAAUAAAAUGAUUGAUUGAUUCUC